UGUCCGUAUGGGUGGCAUUGGGGGAGUUUUAUUCAAAAUUAAAUUAAAACAAAAUAUUUGCGUUAUCAAAAGCAAUUCGCAAACAAUUGGCAAACAGCACAAACCACAAUUGCAGUGCAAGAGUCCAGCGGAGCACAGAGCACAUGUAGUUAUGCAGACGAGGCGAGAAACACACCCACAAUAAAAAGCAAAAAACAAGAGAAACGAGAGAGAAUUUCACGCUUACUCAUUGCUGCAAAUCCUUGGCAGAAUGUCGGGCAAUCCUUUCGACGACGAGGACGCGCCGAGUGCCGGCAGUGAUGAGAUACUGGAGGGUUUUCUCUGUCCCAUUUGCCGGGCGGACUUGAAAUCGAUUGAUUUCCUCACCGAGCACUUUGCCCGCCAACACGCCGAGGAGGAGGACGCGUUGAAGUCCGUCUUCAAGGAUAUAUUCAGCAAAGCCAAAAAGAAGAUACUCAAUAACUUUGAGGAUGAUCGCAAUCGUGGUGCUCUAGCAGGUGUAAUGCCAACAGCAAGUGCAGCCAGUGCUGCGGGAGGAGCAAGUGCAGCAGGAGCAGCAGGAGGUGGAGCAGGAGCAUUUAGGACGCAGCUAAACAUUUAUAGUAAUAUGGCCAAGCAGAGCGUUGGAGCGGAACGUUCAUAUCUAGAGUAUUUUCAAUCGGUGCGCAAUCCACGCCUAGAACGCUAUGCGAGCGAAACGAAUAAACUGAUUAUUCGAUUGCAUCGCCUACUGAAGGAUCUGCCGACGGAUGCAGUGCAGCGCAAGCAUCACGAACAGCAGACGGUGCCAUGGCUCGAUGGCAGUUCCGUCAAGCUAUGCCCCAACUGCGCCAAGAGCUUUCACAUCGCACGGAGGCAGCAUCACUGUCGCCUCUGCGGCGGCAUCAUGUGUCACGAUUGCUCCCGAUUUCUUCAGCUAGAAAAUGCCAUGCAAUUGGCCAGUUUGUCGUCGACACGUGGCGAGCCACUGCAGCAGAUGCGCCACCAUGAGGAUCGGGCGAUUCGUGUGUGCCAGCAUUGCCUGUGGCUUCUGGACACGCGCCAGGACAUGCACGAGAGUCGCACCUGCCGGCCGAUGCUCGUUCACGUGUACGAGGAGAUAAGGCAGCUGCAGAAACAGGUUAGUCCCGAUCUGGACAUGUACGUAAAGAUUGUGAAUAGUCUGCUCGACGGCGAAUCGAUAUUCACCAUUGCCGAUGCGGGCGCCUUGCGUGGCAAGAUCGGUCAGGUGGCCGAGAAAAUUGAUUUGCGUAGUAAACGCAUUCUCACCAUCCACUCGGAGCCGGGCAGCCGCGACGAGGCGCUGAAAAAGGCCAUUCGCCUGAGUUGUGUGCAGGCGAUCAAGGAGCGAAUGUUGUCGUUGCCACCGCUACCGGAUGAGGCGCUCAUCAGUCAGAUGCAGGAGCGCAGACGCAUGGAGACCGAACAACGCAUUCUCACCGAGCAGCGUAUGGCCAUGGAGGCCUACGAGCGUUACGGUGCCGCAAACCAAACCGGAAUUAAUACGGAGCACCGCAGUUUUGCCCAAGGCUCUGAUUUGCAAUCGUUGAAUAAUUGGUCAGCGCCGCAAGCGUCCACAACAAUUUCCAGCGUCGAUGAUCCGCUCAUCGAGCAGAUCAACAUUAUUAAGGGCUACAUUAAACAGGCGCGUCAGGACAUGAACUUCGAUGUGGUGGAGACCCUGGAACUGAAUCUGCGCGAACUGCAGCGAGAGGUGUACGAGCGGCAAAGGCGUAGCAGCACACCCCAGUUGGACAGCUAGACACUUGCCCUAUAAUAUUUACAUAUAUAUG